AUGGUUGCCUUUCCCUUUAAGGUUUGGUUCCAGAACAGACGAGCCAAAUGGAGGAAGCGUGAGAAGUGCUGGGGUCGGAGCAGUGUGAUGGCUGAAUACGGUCUUUACGGUGCCAUGGUCCGGCAUUCCAUACCACUCCCAGAAUCCAUUCUGAAGUCUGCCAAGGACGGCAUUAUGGAGUCCUGUGCACCUUGGCUGCUUGUUCAAGAUGGCUCAAUGACCAGACGAUUUUCUAAACCCGAAUACCAACAAUUCUUUACAGGGAUGCACAAAAAGUCUUUGGAGGCAUCAACAGAUGGAGGAAGUCAUGGACCAGAGGCAACAACAGUUUCCAGCCAGCCAGAAGCCACCGGCAGGAGGGAGAGCGAGUUGUCUGCACCCAUAACAGAAGAGGAAUUGAGAGAAAACAGCAUUGCGGCCCUACGUGCACGAGCUCUGGAGCACAGUGCUAAGGUUCUCAGGAGCACAAACUGUGAGACCCCUGUGAAGGAGCAGAAUCAAGAGAAAACAGACAGGAGCCAAUCUGAGGACACAGAUGCCUGA